UUACGUCGGCUCCCCUCCCCCGGAGUUCGAUGCGCUCGGCUAUCGGCUCUGCCUCGGCUUCUCAGUGCGGGCGACAGCGCUGGUAAACAUGGCGUCUGAAGGGAUGAUUUUAACAAACCACGACCACCAAAUCCGUGUUGGAGUUCUGACAGUGAGUGACAGUUGCUUCAGAAAUCUCGCCGAGGACCGCAGUGGAGUGAACCUCAAAGAGCUCGUCCACGAUCCCUCUCUGCUGGGAGGAACAGUCGCAGCCUAUAAAAUUGUCCCGGAUGAGAUCGAUGAGAUCAAGGAGACUCUGGUGGACUGGUGUGACGAGAAAGAGCUGAACCUCAUCCUGACUACCGGGGGCACUGGUUUCGCCCCCCGCGAUGUCACGCCCGAGGCGACAAAGGAGGUGAUUGAACGCGAAGCCCCAGGGAUGGCACUGGCUAUGCUGAUGGGCUCACUAAAUGUCACCCCAUUGGGCAUGCUGUCCAGGCCCGUUUGUGGCAUCAGAGGAAAGACUCUCAUCAUAAACCUUCCUGGCAGCAAGAAAGGCUCACAGGAGUGUUUCCAGUUCAUUCUGCCCGCGCUGCCCCACGCCAUCGACCUGCUGCGCGAUGCCAUCGUCAAGGUGAAGGAGGUGCACGACGAGCUGGAGGACCUGCCCUCGCCCCCGCCGCCCCUGUCCCCACCGCCCACCACCAGCCCGCACAAGCAGACCGAGGACAAGGGUGUCCAGUGUGAGGAGGAAGAUGAGGAGAAGAAGGACAGUGGCGUGGCCUCCACAGAAGACAGUUCCUCCUCACACAUCACCGCUGCUGCCAUCGCUGCCAAGAGUGGACGGCCACACCCACAGCACACCGACGUCAUGGCGAAAGGUGGGCGGUCCAUUCUCAGCCUCACCUCUCACGCCUGUCAUUCCGUCUGCGACGACGCGCCGCAGCUGCGGUCAAGUGGGCGGUCUCCAUGGCAACAUCGCAUCCACUGCGACCCUCGAAAGGACAACACCAGAAUCCCAGACUCCAUCAUCUCCCGGGGUGUCCAGGUGCUGCCUCGGGACACGGCCUCUCUCAGCACCACGCCUUCGGAGUCGCCUCGUGCCCAGGCCACCUCCCGCCUCUCCACCGCGUCCUGCCCCACACCCAAAGCCUCACGGAGAGAGUUCAGGGCUCACCUGGAUGAGGUCAUCACGCUCAAGUCAAGGUACUCUACCUUGGACCAGGGCAGACAGCAGGAGACGUCGAAGGACGUUUCGUAUCCUUCCGUUCGAGCACUGAAGAAUGGCACAAGGACACUGCACAAGUCCCUCACGCUCCACCAUAGGUUGGAGGGGCUUAAAGAUGAUCGCAGGAGCCACCGGACCUUCGACUCGCGAGUGCAGUCUCGGUGCAGCAGUAAGGAGAACAUCCUGAGAGCGAGUCACAGCGCAGUGGACAUCACCAAAGUGGCCCGGAGACACCGCAUGUCUCCCUUUCCCCUGACCUCCAUGGACAAGGCCUUCAUCACUGUGCUGGAAAUGACGCCCGUCCUGGGCACGGAGAUCAUUAACUACAGAGACGGGAUGGGUCGGGUCCUGGCGCAGGACGUGUAUGCCAAAGACAACCUUCCUCCUUUCCCUGCCUCGGUCAAGGAUGGCUACGCUGUCAGAGCGGCCGACGGCCCAGGAGAUCGCUUCAUCAUCGGGGAGUCACAGGCUGGAGAACAGCCCACCCACACGGUGAUGCCUGGUCAGGUGAUGCGGGUGACGACAGGCGCCCCCAUCCCCUGCGGGGCCGACGCCGUCGUGCAGGUGGAAGAUACGGAGCUCCUCCGCGAAUCAGAAGACGGCACAGAAGAGCUGGAGGUGCGGAUCUUGGUACAAGCGCGUCCAGGCCAGGACAUCAGGCCCAUCGGACAUGACAUCAAGCGCGGCGAGUGCGUCCUGGCCAAAGGGACACACAUGGGCCCUUCCGAGAUCGGCUUGCUGGCCACUGUCGGAGUCACGGAAGUCGAAGUGCAGAAGUUCCCCGUUGUGGCCGUCAUGUCCACCGGCAAUGAGCUGCUAAACCCAGAGGACGACCUUCACCCAGGAAAGAUCCGGGACAGUAAUCGCUCCACCCUGCUGGCCACCAUCCAGGAGCACGGCUACCCCACCAUCAACCUGGGCAUCGUCGGGGACAACCCCGACGACCUCCUUAAUGCCUUGAACGAGGGCAUCAGUCGUGCUGAUGUCAUCAUCACCUCAGGAGGUGUGUCGAUGGGCGAGAAGGACUAUCUGAAACAAGUGCUGGACAUUGACCUCCAUGCCCAGAUCCACUUUGGAAGAGUCUUUAUGAAACCAGGGCUUCCCACCACGUUUGCCACCUUGGACAUCGAUGGUACCCGGAAACUCAUCUUUGCACUGCCAGGUAACCCUGUGUCUGCUGUUGUGACCUGUAACCUCUUUGUCAUUCCUGCCCUAAGGAAGAUGCAGGGAAUUCUUGACCCCCGACCCACCAUCAUCAAAGCCAGGCUGUCCUGUGAUGUGAAGCUGGAUCCUAGGCCAGAGUACCACCGCUGCAUCCUGACAUGGCACCACCAGGAGCCUCUGCCGUGGGCACAGAGCACAGGAAACCAGGUGAGCAGUCGGCUGAUGAGCAUGCGCAGUGCCAACGGGCUCCUGAUGUUACCCCCCAAGACAGAGCAAUAUGUGGAGCUGCACAAAGGCGAGGUCGUGGAUGUCAUGGUCAUCGGCCGACUAUGAUUGUGCCCUGGGAAGGUGGAGGCACACCCUGAGAGACACGGGGGAGGGAGAGUUUUACGGUGCAUGUCCACAUAUCAUUAUUCUUCUGUAAUAUGCAACGGCACAGCUGGUUUUUAUUGGUUUCGAUGAAAUUGAUCAAAUAUAAUCGACGUGAAUAUUAAAUUAGUGAAACCAUGGGAGGAAAAAAAAAGAAUUUAAAAACUUAAUUGUAUUUCAAACAAAGGAAAUAUAUUAACUUUUAAAGUAAGAAAUUAUAAGAAGAUAAGAGAUUUAUUCUGUAAUAUAUUAUUAUAAUUAUGAUUACUAUCAUCAUAUUUAGGCAACUUUUUCUCUUUCAUUGCAAUUGCUUUGUGUGUUCUAGACCUUAUAUAGCUGUAGCAUUUAAAAGAUAGCUAUGAGAGACUGCCAGGAUAAAAGCUUAUUUUCUCACCGUCAAAAAUGAAAAGGAGGAUAUGACAAAGGCCAAAUCUAUGGUGCUCUGGCAGAGGAGAGCCUGUCUCGCUCCUCGUAGCUCUGCUUAGGUGACUUCGCUAUAUCCCCCUUAUUAGUAUGCUUCAUAACUGCUUCACAGAGCGCUUUGCUUGUCGUUUAUCUUGUGAGUCGUGUUUAUGUGCACAGUGCCAAAAGUGUGGGCAGGGGGUGAGGUCACCAGCUCGAACCCACACACAGGCCGGACUAAACCUGGAAGCUUCCGUACCGCCACCGAAGUUGGUGUGUCCCCGCCUCUUAGGGGCAAGGCAACUGGAAAGCGACCUUUUAUUUAACUUUAGAAGGAAGAAACGGCAUCUUUACAUGCUGCCAGCCUUUUUAACCAACUACAAAAAAAAUGUACAGGGAAAACAUGAAAAAGAAUGAUAUUGUACAGACAUAAGUGACCAGCACUCCUGAACAAUUACUAAGCAAUGAGGAGAUAUUGAACAACUGUACUAUACAUUUUCUGUAAUGAUAUUAAAAGUGAUUAAAUUAUAUUCAAUUCUUGAUGAUUAUGUAAAAUAUUCCUUGCUGGUUUUCUUUUUUAAAUGAAUAUAAAUAAACGUGAAAUAAAGUUUUUUUUUUUCUUGAA